AGCAAAUGUAUAGUCGAGAAUCUUUGUGGGACCAUUCGAUCCGCAUCCCAUGGCAUUUGCUUCGUUCGUGAGUGCUUGGUUUGGCAAAUUAUGCAACUGCAAGCGGCCUUUGCAUGAGGCAUCAGCGUACACACCGAAGAAGUGCGCGCCAGAACCACCGAAUCCACGUUGUACCAGUGCAAAAACCAGCCAAGUGCAGGAGGUGCACACAUAUGCGUUCGGACGUUUCUGGUGGCAGCGUGCUCAACAAUGUUGCGGCGCCUCAGGUUCACAUUGACAAGAUGACAACGGUUCCUGCUGAUCUCUACAAGAAGAUGGUGGUGGCAGGGAGCCGUGCACGAGCUAGAGGUCAGCACUCUCUGAAGGCAAAACCUCGGAGCAAUGAUGCGAAGUAUCCGAGCCGGUCCUUCGAGCCGAGCCUCGUGAGGAACAAGUCGUACUAUGGUUAGAGCUGUCACCGGACAAGUUGAAAGUCCGGAGGCGGUUUCAACUGGAGAUGAUGAGGCUCCCAAUCAGAAUCAGGCCCUCAGGGGCAUUUUGUGUGCGGACAGCCGUGCCCAUUGUUGGGCCGAGCUUCUAGUCACAUGGCUGUUUUUCCAAGCAGACUCCAGGGCCCGGCAUAUUUGUGUUCCAGAUUUAGGCACAUCUCAGGCGAAGCCUGGAGUCAGGCUUGAUCGUUGACAGUCAAUUCUUGGCAGGACCAUGCCCUUUGAACGGUUGGCUCCAAGGGUCUUGAAGACACCAACGCUGUGUCGGUAAGCUCACCGGGCAGCUUGAGACCCAGAGCAAACACGUGGGUUGAGGCGUCUCUUUUGGUUGAU